AUGGGCGGCGGCGACGACGCCGAGGGCGGCGCGCUCGUGGCGAAGGCGGCGGUGGAGUCGCACAUCGCCGCGGUCGUGCGCGAGGAGUCGACGCGCCUGCAUCCGGCGCCGGCGUCGCCCGCGUCGCCGGACGCCGGCGCCAAGAAGAAGCUGGGGACGAUCAAGGGCGUCUUCGUGCCGACGAUGCAGAACAUCCUGGGCGUCAUCCUGUUCCUGCGCGUGCCCUUCAUCGUCGGCCAGGCGGGCAUCCUCGAGGGCCUCGCCAUCGUCUGGCUCAGCUGCGCGACGACGCUGCUCACGUCGAUAUCGAUGUCGGCGAUCGCGACGAACGGCGUGCCCCGGGGCGGCGGCUGCUACACGAUGAUCAAGAACGCGCUCGGCGCCCAGUUCGGCGGCGUCACGGGCACGCUCCUCUUCCUCAGCAACACCUUCGGCGUCGCCAUGCGCGCGCGCGGCGACUGCUUCCCGGCCGUCUUCGAGGGCGUCAACGACCGGCUCCUGGGCGUCGCCGUGCUCGCGUCGCUGUCGCUCAUCGUCUUCGUGGGCGUCGAGUACAUCGCGCGCUUCGCCGUCGUCUUCCUCGCGGGCGUCGUGCUCUCCGUGCUGAGCAUCUGGGCGGGCGUCGUCACCGCGGCCGCGGGCCAGGACAAGCCGAACCAGGGCGUCGUCGGCUUCUCCGGGGCCCGCGUGCGGUCCAACUUCGGGUCGCGCUACACGCGGGCGCUAGGCAUCAGCUGGGACCUGUGCUGGGACUUCAAGCAGUGCCUCGCGCUCUUCUUCCCAGCCGUCACGGACCCGCUCGCGGGGUCGAACCUCAGCGGCGACCUCGCGGACCCCCAGGGGUCCAUCCCGCCGGGCACGCUCGCCGCCGUCGUCGCGACCAUCGCCAUCUUCACGGUCCAGGUCGUGCUCGUCGCCGGCGGCUCCUGCCGGCGCCGCGCGCUCGUCGACGACCCGUUCAUCGUGAGCUCCAUCGCGUGGCCGUCGGACAAGCUCGUCUGCGUCGGCGUGCUCCUGUCGACGCUCGGCGCGGGGCUCCAGUCCCUCGCCGGCGCGCCGCGCCUCCUCGCGGCCAUCGGCCGCGACGGCCUCAUCCCGCCGCUCGCGCGCUUCGCGCCCGCGUCGCCCGACGCCGAGCCGCGGCUCGCGCUCGCGCUCUGCGCGUGCCUGAGCUGCUGCUGCGUCAUGCUCGGGUCCCUGGACGCCGUCGCGCCCUUCAUCACGCUCUGGUUCCUCACGUGCUACGCGAUCAUCAACCUCGCGUGCGCGUACCUCGGCUACGAGCGCAUCCCGUCCUUCCGGCCGACGUACCGCCGCUACGACUGGCGCCUGAGCCUCUUAGGCGUCGCCGUCUGCGGCUUCAUGAUGUUCUUCAUCGCGCCCCUCUUCGCGCUCGGCGCCCUCGCCGUCGCCGCCGCGCUCUACAAGUACAUCGAGACGCAGCCCGGCGCGGGCGCGGGCGACGUCGGCGACGAC